UAAAUGUGGGGAAGGCUUUCAUCCAAGCUUUAACUUCAGUAUACGUAAUGGUCACCAUUUGGGAGACAGUCCUCAUAAAGAUAAUGAAUGUGGGAAAGCUCGUAACCAGUCCUCCAGUGUUGGUGAUCAUCAGAGAAUUCAUGAUGGAAAAAGCCCAUUCACAUGUAAUAAACCAGGGACCAUGUUUAGUCAGUCAUCAAGCCUAAACAUCAAUGAGAUAAUCCCUCAGGGAGAGAAAACUUACAUCUUUAAGGAAUGUGGUAAAUCCUUUGACUGCCACUCAACACUAUCUCAACAUCAGCAAAUGCAUACUGGAGAAAAAGUAUACAAAUGUGAAGAAGGUGGUCUAAGCUUUAAGGACUAUUCAUCAAUAAAUGGGCAUUCGCAGAUCUAUUCUGGAGAGAAACCCUGCAAAUGUCAAGAAUGUGGCAAGACUUUUAACAAUCACUCAAGUCUUAAUAGACAGCACCAAAUUCAUAUUGCAGGGAAAAAUUACAACUGUAAUGAAUGUGCCAAAGUCUUUACAUCAUUCUCAAAACUUACUCAACAUCAGAGAAUUCAUAGUGGAGAUAAACCUUACCAGUGUCAACAAUGUGGAAAGAGCUUUAACCACAGCUCAACCCUUACUCGACAUCACAGAAUUCAUACCAGAGAGAAACCUUACCAAUGUCAAGAAUGUGGCAAGACCUUUAUCCACAACUCAAACCUUAUACAACAUCACAGAAUUCAUACUGGACAGAAACCUUACCAAUGUCAGGAAUGUGGCAAGGCCUUUGCCAGGAGGUCAUAUCUUUCUCAGCAUCACAAAAUUCAUACUGGACAGAAACCUUACCAAUGUCAGGAAUGUGGCAAGGCCUUUACCAGGAGGUCAGAUCUUUCUCAGCAUCACAAAAUUCAUACUGGACAGAAACCUUACCAAUGUCAGGAAUGUGGCAAUGCCUUUACCAGGAGGGCAAAUCUUUCUCGGCAUCAGAAAACUCAUAGUGCAGAGAAACCUUACCAAUGUCAAGAAUGUGGCAAGGCCUUCAAGUGGAGGUCACAUCUUUGUCAACAUCACAACAUUCAUAACACAGAGAAACCUUACCAAUGUCAAGAAUGUGGCAAUAGCUUUAACUGGAAAUCAGGUCUUGCUAAGCAUAAGAGAAUUCAUUGUGGAGAAAAAUCUUACCAAUGUGAAGAAUGUGGCAAGCCCUUUAAGGACAGCACAACUCUUAUUGAACAUUGCAGAACUCAUAGUGGAGAGAAACGUUACCCAUGUCAAAAAAGUGGCAAGAGCUUUAACCAGAGGUCAUCUCUUAUUCAACAUCACAGAACUCAUACUGGAGAGAAACCUUACCAAUGUCAAAAAUGUGGUAAGGCCUAUGCCGCCCCUUCACAACUUACUAAACAUCACAGAAUUCAUACUGGACAGAAACCUUACCAAUGUCAGGAAUGUGGCAAGGCCUUUACCAGGAGGUCAGAUCUUUCUCAGCAUCAAAAAAUUCAUACUGGACAGAAACCUUACCAAUGUCAAGAAUGUGGCAAUGCCUUUACCAGGAGGGCAAAUCUUUCUCGGCAUCAGAAAACUCAUAGUGCAGAGAAACCUUACCAAUGUCAAGAAUGUGGCAAGGCCUUCAAGUGGAGGUCACAUCUUUGUCAACAUCACAACAUUCAUAACACAGAGAAACCUUACCAAUGUCAAGAAUGUGGCAAGGCCUUUAACUGGAGGUCAAGUCUUACUAAGCAUAAGAGAAUUCAUUGUGGAGAAAAAUCUUACCAAUGUGAAGAAUGUGGCAAGCCCUUUAAGGACAGCACAACUCUUAUUGAACAUCGCAGAACUCAUAGUGGAGAGAAACGUUACCCAUGUCAAAAAAGUGGCAAGAGCUUUAACUGGAGGUCAUCCCUUAUUCAACAUCACAGAACUCAUACUAGAGAGAAACCUUACCAAUGUCAAAAAUGUGCCAAGAGCUUUAACUGGAGGUCAUCUCUUAUUCAACAUCACAGAACUCAUACUGGAGAGAAACCUUACCAAUGUCAAAAAUGUGGCAAGAGCUUUAACCAGAGGUCAUCCCUUAUUAAACAUCACAGAAUUCAUACGGGAGAGAAACCUUACCAAUGUCAAAAAUGUGGUAAGGCCUAUGCCGUCCCUUCACAACUUACUAAACAUCACAGAAUUCAUACUGGAGAGAAACCUUACCAAUGUCAAGAAUGUGGCAAGGCCUUUAUAUACAACUCAAACCUUAUACAACAUCACAGAAUUCACACUGGAGAGAAACCUUACCAAUGUCAGGAAUGUGGCAAGGCCUUUAAGGUGAGCUCACACCUCAGUCGACAUAGCAGAACUCAUACUAGAGUAACCCUAUAAAUUCCAAAAAUAUGGCAAGGCCUCUACUGCUGCUCAAGGCUUAGU